GAGGUAGUUCAGUUCAGAGUGUGCACCAUUGUAGCUGAGUGGGUUUGUCCACGACGGCACGAUCUAUCGAUCCCUGUAUAAAUGUGUAACCACACGACAAGGAAUACAGAGUGUGAGUGUUGAGCACAAUCUCAUCCUGCAGUUCUCAAAAUCACAUCUGGAAGGCCCGCGACGCAACCCAUCGGCCCUCGCACCCCAGACUCUGGUGGCCUGGCAGCCGCCGCCCGCUGCCCUCUCUGCUCCGGCGAACUUCUCUCAGAUCAACGCAUUUCCUCCCUGAAUCGGCCGAUGUAUUCCCCUGCCUGCGCUUUCUCCGAAUUGCUGCGCUGAAUCUCUGCACCCACGCACCACAUUCCCGCACUCCACCGGACUCGAUCGAUCUAUCGAUCGCGUGACUGCUUCCCACGAGGCCAGUGCACAGUGCACGGCUCUGUCGCCUACCACCGCCGGUUGCUCUGCCCGGUAGGCGCUCGGCGGAAUUGCGCCGAAGUUUCCUCUCACAGGCCACGUAACGGAGGUUGAGGAAUUCGGGAUGGAAUGUUGGGGUCCAGCAGGGGAAAAGGUCCAUGGAGCCAAAGGGAGGUGCCAUGGAGCUCCAUGUGCUGGCAAGCGUUCACCUCCACUCCGGCGACACCUGAAAGUUGCAGGAAAUCUAACCGACGUCGUGUUCGUGCAGCCACCAUCUUCAGUGUUCUUUGGGCGCCGACAGCCAAAAAUCGAAGAAGUGCAUGCCAAUGCCAAGAUCGUUCGGCUGCUUCAGGUGUUUAAUGACCUGAGGUCUCCGUGCAGUUCAUCUCCUUCCCAGAAGGCUGACUGUCCCAAACAGAGCGCGAGCAAGUGCUUGAGUCCAUCUUGGCCUUUGCUUGCCUAUCUGCACACAUGGAUCAUUAAAAAAAUCUGGACACGAGCUUGGAAGCCGCCGCCGGAUGUUCUCUGCUACCUGGACAAAUGAACGCAUUCCUGAUUCCUCCCUGAACCAGCCGAUGUAUAUCCCCCUGCCUGCAUUUUCUCCGAAUUGCUGCACUGAAUCUCUGCACCCACCACAUUCCCGCAGUCCACCGGAAUCGAUCGAUCACUUAACUGCUUCCCACAAGGCCGGAGGCGCUUGAAUCAUCGACUCGAAAUUGGCAUGGAACCUGCACUCAUGAGGCUAGCACAGCUGGCUGCUCUGCCCGUCGAAUUGACAGGCAGACGCUCGGCGAAAUGCCCGACCGGGACCGCAUGUCCGGUGUGUGCCAAAAUUUCCUCUCACAGGCUACUUAACGGAGGUUGAAGAAUUUGGGAUGGAAUUUUGGGAACUAACUUCACAACGGUGAGGUCAUACAAGGACCAUGCUCCAUUGUGACAGUGAUACCUACCGCUACCAGACUCUGAGUCCAGGUAUGUUCCUUAGGCAUCGGCUUCAAUUGCUGCUUGGCUUGUGUUAAUGAGAUUGCUUGAGCAUGUGCAGUUUGAGCUGAACAUGAACUUCAAACAACCCUUGGCUGCUACAGAAACGCAAAGAAACUAAAAUCGUCCCACAUUUAUUCCACCAACGCUGCUGCUCUUGCUCGCUCGAUAAGGGCUUUUGUGCCGUCUGCUUGUGGAGUGCUUUUUCUCUAGCUCGUGAUGGUACGUAUGAGGUGUUACCCUGGACGAGGAAAACCUCCAGCUAUUUGGGAUGACCUGGUCGAGCGGCGGUCAGAAACCAUGAAAUCUGCUACAAAACAGCAGAACACGGGCAUGUCUUCUCUGGUCAUGCUCUCUGUUUGGUGGAUCUGGAAGAUGAUGUGUGCAACAGUCUUUAGUGGCGAGUACCUGCGGGUGCCGUCUUGCGCGUUUGGGUGAUAAUGCCUCCCGGGCUGAUUAUCACGUGGGGGGAGGGGUGCCUACAUAUAAAUUUCCCUUCCUUCUUACUGUACAUACAAUUCCAAAGACUUGAGCCUAGUACGCAGUUAUACACACAGCCAGGUAUAUAACAUACCUUGGAACUAAUAAUGCUGCAAGGGAGCAGAAUGCAUCCAAUUUCUAUAUAAGGCCGUAAAGUAUGGAAGAUUUGGAUGCCCCCCGAUCGUGUCCAAGAUGCUGAUGUCUAGCUGCUCUGCUUCGGCGAGGGCUAGACAUUUCUAACUCUCACAACAUGUUUCUUUUUCUCUCCCACCUUGACCUUGUACAACUAUAUGACCUUUUGGGGUCUUUAUAACUGAAAAAUUCCAUGAAGUGCCUUUCACAGAGGGGAACCAAUGAAGACUCUCGAAAUCACAACUUUGCAUCAGUAAAACUUAUAUGCUCUUAGUCUUACACAAUAGCAAUUCAGAAACUAGAAGGUACUUUUCCCCCAAUUAUACAAAAACACAACAAAGUAACUAUAAAAUUUUGUAGAGUACCAUAUUGAAAAUACAUGUGAACUAGGAACUUAUAUACAAAAUACACAUACAGCUCGUGCAUUUUAAUCAAAUAAAAGGCAGACAAAAAA